AUGGCGGGAAAUGAGUGGAUCAAUGGCUACCUGGAGGCGAUACUCGACACCGGGGCGACGGCGAUAGAGGAGCAGAAGCCGACGCCGGUGAAUCUGAGUGAGGGAGGCCAUUUUAAUCCGACUAAGUAUUUCGUCGAGGAGGUAGUUACUGGGGUUGAUGAGUCUGAUUUGUACCGGACGUGGAUCAAAGUGGUUGCUACCCGCAACACACGAGAGCGCAGCUCCAGGCUCGAGAAUAUGUGCUGGCGCAUUUGGCAUCUUACUCGUAAGAAGAAGCAGUUGGAGUGGGAGGAACUUCAGCGGUCGGCGAACCGCAGAUGGGAGAGGGAGCAAGGAAGGAGGGAUGCAACGGAAGACAUGUCGGAGGACUUGUCCGAAGGAGAGAAGGGUGAUAUAUUGGGGGAGAUGCUGCAGUGUGAGACUCCAAGGAGAAAGUUCCAGCGGAUGGUUUCUAAUUUGGAAGUAUGGUCAGAUGAUAAAAAGGAAAAGAAACUAUAUGUCGUUCUGAUCAGUUUGCAUGGUUUAGUCCGGGGAGAAAACAUGGAGCUUGGUCGAGACUCAGAUACAGGUGGACAGGUCAAAUAUGUUGUAGAGCUUGCCCGAGCACUUGCAAGGAUGCCUGGGGUUUACAGGGUAGAUCUCUUUACUCGCCAAGUGUCAUCUCCUGAAGUUGAUUGGAGCUAUGGUGAACCAACCGAGAUGAUAACUGCAGGUCCUGAAGAUGGUGAUGGUGAUCUAGGAGAAAGCAGCGGAGCAUAUAUCAUUAGAAUUCCUUUUGGUCCUCGUGACCAAUACCUUAGCAAAGAAGUACUCUGGCCCCAUAUUCAAGAAUUUGUAGAUGGAGCUCUAGCUCACAUUCUUAAUAUGUCCAAAGUUUUGGGUGAACAAAUUGGCAAAGGCCAGCCUGUCUGGCCAUAUGUAAUUCAUGGCCACUAUGCAGAUGCAGGGGACAGUGCUGCUCUUCUUUCAGGCGCUUUGAAUGUCCCAAUGGUUCUAACAGGACACUCACUUGGAAGAAACAAACUCGAACAGCUUAUAAAGCAGGGACGCCUAUCAAAGGAAGACAUCAAUUCCACAUAUAAGAUUAUGAGGAGGAUAGAGGCAGAAGAGCUUUCCCUUGAUGCUGCAGAACUUGUUAUUACAAGUACAAAGCAAGAGAUCGAAGAACAAUGGGGACUUUAUGAUGGGUUUGAUGUCAAGCUUGAGAAAGUUUUGCGUGCCCGGGCUAGAAGAGGAGUAAAUUGCCAUGGUCGUUUCAUGCCAAGGAUGGUGGUUAUACCCCCUGGCAUGGACUUCAGUAAUGUUAUGGUCCAAGAAGAUGAUGCUGACGGGGAACUUAGCCAGCUGAUAGGUGGUAGUGAUGGGCCUUCUUCCCCGAAAGCAAUACCAACAAUCUGGUCAGAAGUGAUGAGAUUCCUUACUAAUCCUCACAAGCCAAUGAUCUUGGCUUUGUCACGGCCAGAUCCAAAGAAGAACAUUACCACUCUUUUGAAAGCAUUUGGAGAAUGCCGUCCUCUAAGAGAACUUGCUAAUCUUACACUGAUAAUGGGGAAUAGGGACUAUAUAGACGAAAUGUCUACUGGAAAUGCUAGUGUGCUUACUACGGUGUUGAAAAUGAUCGAUAAGUAUGAUCUCUAUGGGCAAGUUGCCUAUCCAAAGCAUCACAAGCAAUCAGAUGUUCCGGAUAUUUAUCGGCUUGCAGCAAAAACAAAGGGAGUUUUUAUAAAUCCAGCACUAGUGGAGCCUUUUGGUCUAACCUUGAUUGAGGCAGCAGCACAUGGACUUCCUAUGGUGGCUACGAAAAAUGGUGGACCGGUUGACAUACAUCGGGCACUUAAUAAUGGUUUGCUUGUCGACCCUCAUGAUCAGCAAUCAAUUGCUAAUGCAUUGCUGAAGUUGUUAUCGGAAAAGAAUUUAUGGGUUGACUGCAGAAAGAAUGGAUGGAAAAACAUACACCUUUUCUCAUGGCCUGAACACUGCCGAACCUACUUGACCAGGGUAGCAGCCUGCCGCAUGAGAUAUCCACAGUGGCAGACUGACACUCCGGAGGAUGAAAUGGCAGCUGAGGAGUCCUUCAAUGAUUCUCUCAGGGACGUGCAAGAUAUGUCUCUUAGGCUCUCAGUUGAUGGGGACAAAUCCUCACUGAAUGAAUCUCUAGAUGUGACUGCAACUUCUGGCGACCAUGAGGUGCAAGAUCAAGUGAAGCGUGUCCUAAGCAAGAUGAAGAAGUCAGAUUCUGGUCCAAAAGACCACGAAGACGGAAAUAAGCUGCCGGAUAAUGUAUCCAGCAAGUAUCCUUUGUUAAGACGUAGAAGAAAAUUGAUUGUCAUAGCACUUGAUUGCUAUGACCAAUCUGGAGCUCCUGAUAAGAAAAUUAUUCAAGUUGUGCAAGAAAUAUUUAAGGCUGUAAGACUAGAUUCUCAAAGCGCAAGAUUUACAGGGUUUGCUCUGCUGACGGCUAUGCCAGCUUCGGAGACAGUAGAGUUUUUGGCAUCAGGGAAGAUUCAGGCAAAUGAGUUUGAUGCUUUGGUUUGUAGCAGUGGAAGCGAGGUUUACUACCCUGGUACUUAUACAGAAGAAGAUGGAAGGCUUUUUCCAGAUCCAGAUUAUUCGUCACACAUUGACUACAGAUGGGGUUGUGAAGGAUUAAAGAAAACCAUUUGGAAGCUCUUAAAUGCCCCUGAUGGUGAACGAAAUUCAGGAUCUUCCAACCAAAUUGAAGAAGAUUUGAAAUCAAGCAAUUCCCAUUGCAUUACAUACUUAAUCAAGGAUCCUAGCAAGGCCAGGAAAGUUGAUGAUUUAAGGCAGAAACUCAGGAUGCGCGGACUACGCUGCCAUCCAAUGUACUGCAGGAGCUCAACACGAAUGCAAAUUGUUCCGCUCCUUGCUUCUCGAGCACAGGCUCUCAGGUAUCUUUUUGUACGCUGGAGAUUGAAUGUCGCAAACAUGUACGUGUUCCUUGGAGAAAGUGGGGACACCGAUUAUGAAGAAAUGAUAGCAGGGACUCACAAGACCAUAAUCAUGAAAGGGGUGGUGGGAAAGGGUUCUGAAGAGCUGCUAAGAACAUCAGGAAGCUACGUGAGAGACGACAUUGUUCCUCCUCAGAGCCCAUUGGUCGCCAUUGUAAAUGGGCAAGCUCCAACAGCUGAUGAGAUUGCGACUGCUUUGAAGCAAGUCAGCAAAUCUGCUGCUGGAAUGUGAUCAUGCGAUGUCGCUAGAACCUAGGUUAUGUACUUUGAGAAGAAACGAGGCCUCCAUCAAGAAUAAAGGCGGAGAAUAAUGAAACCCAUCUAAACACGGCCUAGUACUAACUACUAGGAAUGCAGCUAGCCAACCGGUCCUCACAAGCAACCUGGUUGGUGAGAUAAUAUAUAGGAGAGCAUGCAAAAGAUAUUUAUAUAUGGAUGUACACAUACUCGAAUGUUCUUUACUGUCCACCAGCCAUAAUUAUCUGAAGUUAUUGUACCUGAUCAGUCAGGUUGGCCCCCCUAUUUGAUUAAACAGAAAACUGCUAAAUGAGAAGCAGAUGAUGAAUGUACAAGCGUGAUGAUUAGCUUUUUCGAUUACAAGUGACGAUAUCCUUUUUACUAGUC